AUUUAUAGGAAUAUUUUUCCACAAGCUACGUAUUAUUUAAUUGCAGAACCAUUUAGAUUAUUAUAAUUCACCGUCUUCUCCAGGCCCCAUAUGGUUGGGAACGUACCUGCAGCAAUGCUAAUAUUUAAUAGUGAAAAGUAGGCAAGCAUUUGCUGAAAGUGUUCUCUCUAUGCUUCAUGUAUAAGUGAUGCUAAUCUCAGAUGGAAAAAGAAAAUGAAUACAAAGGGAGUAAAGGUUAUUUGACUUUGCAAAGGAACCACGUGAUAGACAACUUAUCAAGAAGCAACAAAAGUUUUAUGAUCCGAUAUAUUGGGCAUCAAUUUUUGUUAUUUCAGAUACUUUUUAUUUCAAAUCUAUAAAUAGGGACAUUGGCAAUGGCAAUUGCCAUCAGUAGAAACACCAAAGCUCUUAAAUAUUGCUAAGAACUUCUUGAGAAACUUAAUCAUGUCUCGCAUCGUAUUACAGUUUUUGCCAGUUCUUCUGCUAAUGUUGAUGGCAAUGAUGGAGGCUACUCCUCCGGGUAUCGCCAAGAACCCAAGCCAUUCAAGAUGUUUGAUCAAGAAAUACAAGAUGUGCUAUAACCUAGAGCAUGUCUGCCCCAAGUUUUGCCCGGAUGCAUGCACCGUAAAUUGUGUCUCUUGUAAGCCUAUGUGCGUUGAUUCCUCCAGCCCUGCCCCUGAAGAUUCUAACUCUCCACCUGAGUCACCCAAAACUCCUACCACUCCUACUUCAACUCCACCUCCUUCUAAUCCCACCUAUCCGCCAUCAACACCUUCUCCCAAACCUCCAUCUCCAUCACCAUCAACGCCUUCUACCACCACCCCUGCAUCACCUUCACCUCCUACACAACCAAAACCUACUCCUCCAACUCCAACUGAACCAUCUUCUCCAGCAACCACACCUUCACCGCCUUCAUCGCCAACACCUCCUCCUACUACUCCGUCAUCUCCUUCACCUCCAUCCAAUCCAGCUACCCCACCAUCGACACCUUUGUACCCUUCUCCACCACCUCUUAAUACUACUCCAUCGUAUCCAACCCCUCCUAGCUCUACUCCAUCUCCACCUAGCAAGUCUCCACCAUCAUCUAACCCUCCUUCCACUCCAUCAUCUCCAUCUGCUUCUGAAGGAGCCAAGAGGGCCAAGUGCAAGAAUAAGAACUAUCCACAAUGUUACGACAUGGAGCAUGUAUGUCCCAGCUCUUGCCCUGGUGGAUGCGAGGUCGAUUGUGUCACUUGCAAACCUGUCUGCAGGUGUGAUCAGCCAGGAGCAGUUUGCCAAGACCCUCGAUUCAUUGGUGGAGAUGGCAUAACCUUUUACUUCCAUGGCAAGAAAGACCAAGAUUUCUGCCUCUUAUCCGACGCCAACCUCCAUAUCAAUGCCCACUUUAUUGGUCGUCGAAACCAGAACAUGAAAAGGGACUUCACUUGGGUCCAGUCCAUUGGAGUACUCUUUGGCAACCACCAACUUUACAUUGGUGCACAGAAAACCGCCAUAUGGGAAGACUCGGUGGACCGCAUUUCCAUCACAUUCGACGGCAAGACAAUUAGACUGCCAGAAUCCGAAGGCGCUAGGUGGCAGUCGGAGAGUGUUCCAAGUGUGUUUGUGAUGAGAGCUGCUGAGACUAACGAUGUUAUGGUUGAAGUUGAAGGAAGCUUUAGGAUCACAGCUAAGGUGGUGCCCAUCACUGAAGAAGACUCUCAGAUUCACAACUAUGGGAUUACGAAAGAGGAUUCGUUUGCUCAUCUUGAUCUGGGAUUCAAGUUCUUCUCUUUGAGCGACCAAGUAAGCGGUGUGUUGGGCCAAACAUACAGACCGGACUAUGUGAGCCGUGUAAACAUUGGAGCAAAGAUGGCGGUAAUGGGAGGGUACAUGGAGUUCAAGACUUCGAGCCUGUUUGCCACUGACUGUGCCGUUGCUCAGUUUAGAGGCUCCAAUGGUGAAGCUUCUUUGGAGGAUUCGGAGCUGCCAAGCUUGAGCUGUACCAGUGGGUUGGAUGGUCAAGGAGUAGUCUGCAAGAAAUAAGACUUCGUUUCUGUUUUUUUUGUAAUCAGAACAAAAAAACAAAGAGAUAAAAUAAAACAAUAUGAAGUUGUUGAAUAAAAACUCUAAGAAGUAUAAACCAUAGCCAUUGCUUAUUGGAAGUAGAAAAAAUACUGUCCAAUGCAACUAUAAGCCAUUGCUUAUCGGUAGCUAGCAGAAAAAACUGUCCGAUGUAAUUUGUCCUUCCUCCAUUGACUAAUA